UCAAAUCCAGUCCCUAAAAUGGAAGAAGCCAAAAGCCAUAGUUUAGAGGAAGAUUUUGAAGGACAAGCCACACACACAGGACCCAAAGGAGUAAUAAAUGAUUGGAGAAAGUUUAAAUUAGAGAGUGAAGACAGUGAUUCAAUCCCACCUAGCAAGAAGGAGAUUCUCAGGCAAAUGUCUUCUCAGAGCAAAGAUGACAAGGAUGCAAAAGACAGACUGGGAAGGAAGAUGAGCAUUCAAGAAUAUGAACUGAUCCACCAAGACAAAGAGGAUGAAAACUGCCUUCGUAAAUACCGUAGACAGUGUAUGCAGGAUAUGCACCAGAAGCUGAGUUUUGGGCCUAGAUAUGGCUUUGUAUAUGAGCUGGAAACUGGGGAGCAAUUCCUGGAAACCAUUGAAAAGGAACAAAAGAUAACCACAAUCGUCGUUCACAUUUACGAAGAUGGCAUAAAGGGCUGCGAAGCUCUAAACAGCAGCUUAACUUGCCUUGCAGCAGAGUACCCGAUGGUCAAAUUCUGUAAAAUAAAAGCUUCCAACACGGGCGCUGGGGACCGCUUUUCCUCAGAUGUUCUCCCUACACUGCUCGUCUACAAAGGGGGAGAACUGAUAAGCAAUUUCAUUAGUGUUGCUGAGCAGUUUGCAGAAGAAUUUUUUGCAGGGGAUGUGGAGUCUUUCCUCAAUGAAUAUGGGUUACUACCUGAGCGAGAGAUGCAAGCCCUAGAGCAGACAAAUACGGACGAGGACAUGGAGUAA